UGGGUAUAUCAAUCGAUUUUAGCUCAAUUACAUUGUUGUGCCAACAAAAACCCACAUAGUAAAUUAACCGCAAUCAUUUUCCACAAGAAAGCAGGUAACCAUUCAUUUCAGUCGUACGAGUAUGUCCUUCAGUAGGAAUGGAAGGAUUUUUGGAAGGAAAACUUUGCGGUUUCUGCAUGCCAGUCCCGACUAUAAAAGACAAGGCAGCAUUGGGCACCCAUCAAUUGUUUGCUGGAAUCGCAGACAUGUCGGUGAAGUUUCUGAAGGAAAAGAUUUUCAGUCGACGGGGAAAAUCCGAGAAGCCAAAGAAUGCGUACAUCGUUAUUGAGGACUUCAUGAAGCUGCCGGUUUACUUCUACCAUACGAUUGGUCUGAACCCGUACGAGUUGAAGGGAACCAACAAUAAGCCCGGAAUUGGAUUUUACAUCCUGUUCCUGCUCCACAUGAUCAAUGCGAAUAUUGUGCUGGCGCUGGAGAUAUUCUUUGUUUACGUGUCCUUCAGGAACAACGAGAACUUUAUCGAGUCCUGCAUGGUGAUGAGCUACAUCGGCUUCGUGAUUGUCGGCGAACUGAAGAUCGGUGCCGUCCUGCUGCAGAAGCAGAAGCUGACCAAUCUGGUCCGCCAAAUGGAGUCCGUCUUUCCGCCUGCAAGGCAGAAGGAGCAGGAGGAGUACGACGUGCGUCGCUACUUGCGUCGCUGCCUCCGCUACACGAAGGGGUUCGGCGGACUCUACAUGACACUCGUCAUCACCUACAAUUUGUUUGCCAUCUGCCAGUACUCCAUUCAGAAAUGGAUUCUGCACUCGCCGCACGCCAAGCAGACCGUCCCCUAUGUGCCCCUGACUCCCUGGACCUGGCAGGACAACUGGAAGUUCUACCCCACGUAUCUGUCCCAGUCGAUGGCUGGGUACACGGCCACCUGCGGCCACAUCUCCGCCGACCUCAUGAUCUUCGCCGUGGCCAUACAGGUCAUCAUGCACUUUGACCGUCUGGCCAAGUCCCUGACAGAGUUCUCGGUGCGAGCAAAAUCCGAGGAGGAUGGCGCUGACAAGGACUUGAAGCAGUUGCAGGAACUGAUCGCCUAUCACAACAAGAUUCUCGGCCUCACCGACGUGAUGAACGAGGUGUUCGGCUUGGCGCUCUUACUGAAUUUUUUGGCAUCGUCGACGCUGGUCUGCUUCGUGGGAUUCCAGAUAUCUAUCGGCAUCAGUCCCGAAAUGAUGGCCAAACUGAUUCUGAUCCUGAUCUCGGCCAAUUCGGAGAUCUAUCUAAUCUGCAAUUUCAGCCAGAUGCUAAUCGAUGCUAGUGGCAGCAUUUGCUAUGCAGUCUAUGAUAUGAACUGGUCGGAGGCCGAUCCCAGAUUCCGUAAGAUGCUCAUCCUACUGGCCCUUCGCGCCCAGAAGCCUGUCUGUCUCACGGCCACUGUCUUUUUGGAUAUCUCCAUUGAGACCAUGAGCAUCUUUCUGCGAAUGUCGUAUAAGUUCUUCUGUGCAAUUCGUACGAUGUAUCAGUAAACCAAAUGGAUUAUAUAAGCAUAUAUCAGAUUUUAAGUGCACAAUGUUUUUAAAGCCAUUUGGUUAUAUCGCAAUGCUUUUGUAGGAUAUGCUCUUUCAUCAGAGCCAUUAAAACACAAACUUUUUCUUAGCCGCUAGAAGUUUUGGUCCAGCAGUUUUGAAAACACUUGAUAAAUAAUAAAUCGGAUUUAUGAAGUGUGUUAGUUUGUGCCUUGGAAAAUCUCGGUAUGUUUUGGUUGGUUGCAUUUCUUGGUGUUUUUUUAUCUCCAUA